AUGGAGUUCCUCCUUGAACCAGUCACGGAGGUUGAUGCGCAACAGUUUUGCGUGCAAAUAAUGAAACGCCUCGAUAUCCAGCGAAGAAACGAGCAUUUGUGUGAUGUGAUUCUAGAAGUUGGUGAAGGUCAAGCUCGAUUGAAAGCUCACAGAAACGUGUUAUGUGCCACCAGCCCGUUCUUUUACAACGCCCUCAACACGGAAAUGAAAGAAAAGGAAGAAGGAGUCAUUAGAUUGAAAGAUACAAGCAAAGCUUUGAUGGAAGAAGUUCUCGAAUAUUUGUACACAGGAUAUGUUGAUAUCAAUGACAAUAACGCAUUCGAAUUGAUGGCUGUAGCAGAUUACUUUCUUAUAACAAGCUUGAAAGUACUCUCCAGUAAGUUCAUUCAAGACACUUUGUGCGCUUCAAACUCUAUCAUGGCUUAUUAUUCCAGCGUUAAAUACCAAUGUUCUGAUUUACGAGAGGCAGCCAAAAGCUUCAUUCUUGCCAACUUUAUGGCCGUGUCAAAAUCCAAUGACUUUCUUAAUUUGAAUUUGGAGCAAGUCGAAGAAUGGAUUUCAAGUGAUGAAAUUGUUAUAAAAGGCGAGAAAGAAGUUUUCAUGGCUAUUUUGAUUUGGACUGAACAUAACACUGAAAGAAAAGUAAGCUUUUAUGACUUAUUUCGUCACGUUCGUUGUCAUUACGUAUCACACAGUUUCCUUACCACGGUUAUUUUGCAACAUGAACUUGUCAGAGGCCAAAAAGAAUGUUUUGAUUUGGUUGUAGAUGCCAUGAAAGAGCUGUCAGAUGAAACAGGAGCACAAUUUUGGAAGCAUUCACCAAGAAAGUGUUUGAACACCCCUGAAGAUGCGGUAUUUGCCUUUGGGGGUGAAAAUGGUAACAAAGUAUUGUGUUACCUACCAUCCCAGAACAGUUGGUGCAACUUAACAGACAUGCAUGCAUAUCGGGAACCCGGUGCUUUUGCCUCAAGUGCUUGUCAAGGUAGACUUUAUGUCAUUGGUGGACGUUGGAGAGAGAGUGUCUGCUCAUGCUAUGAUCCAUUGCUGGACACAUGGUCUUCUAUCAAACCCCUGGCAGAGAGGCUUGAUUUUGCUGCGGCUGUGUCAUUCCAGAGGUUAUUGUAUGUCAUUGGUGGAGCAGAUAACAUUGGAAAUAGGUUGAGAACUGUAAAGCAAUAUGAUCCCAGUACAAACUUGUGGGAGGAAGUUUCUCCCCUGAGUAGUGCCAGAUCCGAUGUGUGUGUAGCAGCUGAUGAAAGCUACAUAUAUGCCAUUGGAGGGUAUACAAAUGUGAUAUCUGAAAAAUGUCUUGAUAUUGUUGAAAGGUUUGAUCCUAAAUUAAACUCCUGGAGCAGAAUUGCACCAACUCAAGCUAAAAGAAGAGGGGCUGCUGGUGUUAGUUUACGUAACAAAAUUUUUGUUUUUGGGGGUGUUGAUCUGUCUGGUGGAUGUCCUUGUGAAGUUUAUGACAAAGACACAAAUGUUUGGACUGAGAUCGCAAAUGACAUUGCUCCAAGGUACCGCGCAAGUGCUGUUUGUGUCAAAGGACAGAUUUUUGUGUUGGGUAAAUUUGGGGUGAAUCAGAAUGACUCUCAACAACACUUAUUACAAGUAUAUGAUGUUGAGGAAAAUGAGUGGAAACUUUGCUAUAGUCAUGGCAAAUUGGGCACUAAGUUGUACAAACUCUCUACUCUUAAGUUUUUCAAAACAGGAUAAAAAAAUGUUUUAGAUGUUCCUUUCUCUAUGUAAAAAUGGUUAUUUAAGAAGUAAGUAACAAUUUUUGACAAACUGUUUAUAAUAACUGUCAGAACGUGAAAUUUAAGUAUGAUUGGAGAAAAGGGAAGUCAAGAGUGGAUCUUAAAAAUCACUCAAACAAUAGCCUGUGUCGGUAUCCCGACCACUUGCCCCCCAGACAAUAAUUAGCCCAUCACAACUGGCCCCCACAUUAUGGACAAUUAUUCCCCACUUUCUAAACGAUUAGCCCCCAACCAGAUUGUGAUAAGGUACAAAAUGUUAUUUAUACCAAUUUAUUGGUAUACUCCCGCCUUCUCUACUUUCCACGGUUUGUGUUAUUGAUUAACUUCACAGUGGUCUUGGAGAACGCCAAAUAUCCUUGUCUGAAGGGAUCAAAUUAACUCUCUGUUUUGGAAUUAGUAUUUUUUUUUUAAUCUUGACGUCAGGAUUAGCCCAGAGAGUACAGUUUUUCUGUUCUGUAUGCAGAUCCUAAAGUCGAUGGACAAAUAAAACCUAACAACGUAACACAACAAUGUAACGUAACACUGCUAUUUGAACCCAGGCCUUUUUCAAUUUUCCUUCAGUUAAUAUAAGAAUUUGUUUUUCAAGGGUUCAAAUCACAACCUUAUUUGGCUCAAGUUUAACAUUAGAAUAAUUCCUAGUUUUUCAAAGGUUGGAAUCAAAACCCUACUUAGCAUAAGUUAAUAUAAGAAUUUGUUUUCUAAGGGUUUAAAUCGCAACAUUAUUUAGCUUAAGUUUAAUAUUAGAAUUUGUUUAAGUAGAUUUGAAUCACAAACUUAUUUAGCUUAAGUUAUCAUGGGCUGGGUGUCACUCGAACAACCCACACAUCCUCGCAUGUAUUAAGUAGAUUUAAAUCAUGAACUUAUUUAGCUUCAGUUAAUAUACGAGUGUGUUUUUCAAGGGGGGUGUCACUCGGACAGCCCACUCAUCUCCGCAUGUAUUAAGUAGAUUUGAAUUGUGAACUUAUUUAGCUUUAGUUAACAUAAGAAAUGUGUUUCUCAAGGGGCAGAUGUCACUCGGACAACCCAAUGGAUUUAUAAAGAUAGUGAACUGAAAACCCAGCUAGUGAUGAUGAUAGCAAUACUGGUGACGAUGACUGCAGCAAUAGUGAUGACAAUGAAUAGACACCUGAUGGACCUGAGCAAUAUAGCAAGUGAAUCCAUCUCACUAUGCAGCACCUCUCUAUUCCUUGGCAUCACCAUUUUUUGUUCAUUUUUAUUUCUCGCAUCAUUUUUAUAUACUUAAAGGAAGUAUAAUUAACAACAUGGGUUUCAUACAGUUUUAAAAACAGUUUUGAUCUUCUUUCUUGUUUAGGUUUGCUUUAAUAGUAUGUUUGUUGAGUUGUAUUUUUGUCCAAAUUAAUAUGACAAACACAUUGUUUUAAAAAUAGUUGGUGUAGUUAUAUAUCAUGGUCUGGCUGUCAGAGGGGCGGGGGGGGGGGUGAAGAAAUAAAAUGAUUGAAGUACAAGGGGAUAUGACGUUUUUCCCAGUCAAGGAAGGGGGAGGGGGCAGGGUAAUCUUUGUACGAUAGUCAAAUAGAUUUAGGCAAACCUCCAGACUUCCACUAAUGAAUAAAAUUAUAGUAUUGUAUUUUUAUUUUUUUUUUUUUUGUUUUUUGUUUUUUUUUUUUUUUUGUUUUUUUUUUUUUUUUUUUUUUUUUUUUUUUUUUUUUUGUUUUUUAUAUAUAAAUAUAGAUAUAAUUUUGGUUGUUUUUGGGGUGUGGUGGGGGUGGGGGGGGGGGGGGGGGGGGGGGGGGGGGGGGGGGGGGGGGGGGGGGUUAAGAAAUAAACUGAAUGAAGUACAGGGGGAUAUGACAUUUUUGCCUGCCAAGGAAGGGGGAGGGGGUUGGGUAAUCUUUGGAAGACAAUAAAAGUGAUUUUGCCAACCCUUCAAGCUGGCACUAAGAAAUGAAAGCCCCCUUACUCUCAAUAACAGAUAUUACAAGUACACGAUGCUGAAAACAGUCAGUUUUGCCAGGUAACAAAUGCCUGCAGUUUAGAAUUUACUGUCUGUUGUUUCAACAAAUUGUAGCACAGUAACUAUUACUGUGCUACAAUUUGUUGAAACAACAGACAGUAAAUUCUAAACUGCAGGCAUUUGUUACCUGGUAAAACUGAAGUUCGAUCCAUCAAAAUGUUCCUAGAUAUUAUGAAGACAAAUAAUGAAUAACAUGAUAUGUUAUCCUUUACUUGUCUUCACAAUGCAAGAAUUCAACAAGAAUUAUUGUUACUGAAUUCUUAUAUUGCGACUAAUCUGUAACGGAGGCCACCUAGCCAAAGUUGACCAAUUGGAUUAAGGGAAAAUACCAGUUCAUUGCAAGAAAGUUGGUUGUGGGCCAAUCGGCAGCUCAUAAGCAAAAAAACAAGUCACUCGAAACACAUAAAAUUAAUAUUAUAGCAAAUAAGUUAUAUAUCCGUUCUCCGCUUUCCACCUACCUUUGCCAACUUCUUCCAAGUGCAAGCGAAUUCUUCUGUGGUUGAGUUUCGGGAAUGUUUAGCGAUGGUCAGGUAUCAGUAUAGAUUAGAGCUGAUACAAAGAAGUACAUAUAAUUCACAACCGCGCAGAAAGACCUUAAAGUAAUAUGUUUUCAGUACAUUGUACAAUAGAGUUUAUGGCGUAUUCCUCAAGAGAGGAUAAAGGGCACAGAAAAGGCAUCCCCCAUACACACCCUAUCCCAUAGGUAAUUCGUCUCGAGUUAUUUUUAGAAUCGGGAUAAAGUUACCUCGCGCGCUGCGUGGAGGUUUCGUGGAGGUUUCGCAUGAGUAAACGCCGUGCAAAACAUGUCGGGCGAAAGCCAAUGAAAGCGUAAAGAGAUCGAGAGCGUUUCGGAAUAUUGAAGCGAAAUGAGUCGGCGCUCACCUGGGAAAAGCGAAUCGCUGGACUCUUUGACAACCCGUGUCCCCUUUAUCCUCUCUUGGUAUUCCUUUUAUACCAAGAAAACUAUCUAAUGCAUCAGAUUUUUAUUUUAAAAGUUCUUUGUGGUAAGUGUUUUGAUGUAUGUGUAAUUAUUUAUUUGGUCUUUGACAAGACUGUAAGUGGGAAAACUAAGAAAGAACGCUAGGAUUGAAAUGCAGCUUAAACCCGUCUUCAGAACAAACAAAUGAAUGCCAUUUUUAAAGAAGUUUCCAACUGUAUUUUGUUCCUAUAUUUGGUUCCUUCAAGCUACGAACGAUUUUCGUACUAUUUUCCCGAGUAAUUAUCGAUUACUGACUUCGGCAAUUACCUUCUUCAGCUCCGAAGUCUUAAUACCUUACGACAGGCUCAAGCAUACCAAGUUCAUGUAUAGCCUCUUCUCCAGGGAACUCUGAAGGGCUGGAGAGGGCGUCGAACUGAACUCCUCUCUGGUUUAUGUCUCUUUUAUACUAGGCGAUCAAUUUACCUUCCCUAUAGACCUAAACAAAUACUAUCGUUUGCACUUGAUAACGGUCAUUUACAAAAAUUGAACAGCGCGUCACGUUUGCCUUGCGUGUCGGUGUAAGAGGGAACUCGCGGUAACCGUCAUUCCGUAUAUUCUGCACCUGCGCCUAUUUUCUUGCCAGCACCACCCUUCAGGUCUCUUCCAGGAGCUUUGGUUUCUCCUUUUCUCGUUUUGAGAAGAAGAAGGCUACUUUAACUUAUGCUUGAGGCAGAUUCUUAAAGAUUAAAUUAUCCUUAAAGACCUUCAGUAAAAUUUGUAUAUAGUCAUUAUGUGUUUGUUGUUUCGGUUAUUAUUUAUUUAUUUAAUUUUUUUUGUGAGCAAUUGCCGAUGCCAUCAAUGUUUUGAGAUGUCGAGCGUAGCUCGUUUAAUAGACCUCUUUAGCUUGUAUGUUUUGUUUUUCAUUAGAGAUACCAGGGGAACGUAACCUUUUGUCUUUACAUUAAUUACCGUAAAAUUCCGAAAAUAAGCCCCGGGGCUUAUAUUUUUCAAAGGCCCUUUUUGAGGGGCUUAGAUUCGGAGGGGCUUAUCUAUGGAGGGAAAUUUGCGUUUCAAAAUCGAUUGGGCUAGCCUUAUAGUUGGAAGUAAAUUUACCAUUUUUGCAUUGUUUUACUUUGUAUUUGAGGGCAAUUUUCCAAGUACAAGCCCCCGGGGGGCUUAUAUUUGGAGGGGCGAUUUAAUGGAGGGUUUUUUGCGUUACCGGAUUGGGGGGCCUAUAUUUGGAGGGACUUAUACAUGGAGGGGCUUACUUCGGAAUUUUACGGUAUGCAUUCAUGUGCAGGUGAAUAAGACGAAAUUUGAAAGAAAUUUCUCAUGAGUAUUAUCACAUGACCUGACUUGGAAAAACAAAACAUACAAGCUAGAGAGCUCUAUUAUGCGAAAGGGCGUUUUCCGUGUUUCGCGGAAACAAACAUUCCAAUGCAGAGACAAUCUGUUUCGUAAAUCGUUCAAAUGAAACUUAACGCUUUGAAAAAAAACUGAUAUACAGAAGGGGUCUUCCGUUUGAAGGUGUCUAGCUCAUUGCUCUCUAUUUGCUAUCUUUCUGUUUCGUGGCAGAAGUUCAAAAAUUAGACCUCAACUUCGCAACAAAUUUCUCUUUUUUCUCUUCUAGUUAUCUUUCUCAGUGCAAGGUAGUAAAAUAAUAAAAUCAACUAAUCGGCAGUAAACAGUGCGGUCAAAAAGUUACGGAACUUCUUCCUUUAAGGCCUCCUUAUACCGUAAAAUUCCGAAAAUAAGCCUCGGGGCUUAUAUUUUUUAAAGGCCCUUUUUGAGGGGCUUAUCUACGGAGGGUAAUUUGCGUUUCAAAAUCGAUUGGGCUUGCCUUUUAUGUGGAAGGGAAUUUACCGUUUUUACUUUGUUUUACCUUUUAUUUACAUGGAGGGGCUUAUUUUCCGAAUUUUACGGUAUGUCAAUGGUUAAAAUUUGUGCACCGUCCCUUUUACAGUUGUCCAAUGAGCAGCAAUUCUCCUCUUUCAGCUCUUCUGCGUAGCUUAGAACGUCCCCUUGAAUAUUAGCCAAAACGUCCGACCCUUCAGAUGGAAAUAUAUCUUGUACAAGAGAAGGAAGCCGCAAGGAGCCAAUUCCGGAGUAGAUGGGGUAGCCUGCGAGCAAGCUCUUCUAUUUGGGCGAGCGAAAAGAGCCGCGCGAGAACGCGCGAGCGAGCGGCGACGCCCCGAGAGGCCUUUGUUGCGUCUCCUCUCGCGUGCCACUCGCGCGUGUACUUUUCACGAUAUCCCCAAAUGGAGAGCUUGCUCGCAGGCUAGUUUUCAACUUGGUUUUGAACACUUCACUCUUUGAGCGCGGCAGGAGCCCAUCAAAUGAUGGGCUCCUGAGCGCGGGCGUUACCUUGUUGAACCAACAUAUCACCAGCGUCCCAACAGUAGUCUGAGACAAGAAGAUAUCGAUUUAUUGCUGGGCAAGUAACUUUAAACUAAAAGUUUACUUGUCAAACUGAAAAAAAAGAAGUAGCCCUGGGCAACAAAAUGCGAGAGCUUCUUGCCUAAAGGACAAGCUUGAAUUCAACUGAUUCAGGUCGAUUGCGCCGAAUAUUUUCAAUAUAAGACAACCUUGUCUCCAGGGCCUUUCCCUUAAAAAUUGGUUGGGGCGGCCCCACCCAUUUUUUAAGGGAAAAGCCCUGGGACCGAGGGUGAAUAUAAGAGGCAGAAAGAUUUAUGAUGUUUUCAUCGCACAUAGACAUGGUAUAUAAAAAUAGGGCCUUGAAAAACACAUUCUUAAAAUUACUGUUUAUCGACUAUAGGCUCUCCAAGAAGGUACCCCUUUAAUGAGAAAGUGAUGAGUGAUUACAUUUCAACAAAUAUUGCAUACACCCCGGCCGCCCCUCAAGCACUUAGCAUUCCAGAUUCCGUGGUCUGCGUAGCAAGCGUUUCCGUGCGGUUUAGGAGCAAAGAACGAGGAACGAGAUUCAAAGAUUGCGCGAAAAAUGGCGUAAGUACAAGAGCGGGGAGGGGGUGGGGAAAAAAAGGAAGGAAACGCUUGCAGACAAACCCCACUUUCAUUUUUUGGCUCUUGUUUCAUUUCUCGCACGGCCAAAACCGAGAAUCCCGUUCCCCUGUCUUUCUUUGCUCCGAAACCAAGCGGAAACGCUUGCUACGCAGGCUACAGAUUCCGACGCUCCUCCAAUCUGUCCAAUCACCCUCAGAGCCCUGAAACUACAAAUUCCUUUGUCGCAUGGUCUGCAUGGUUCAUCCUUCUACACUGGCUUGUGCUUGAAAACAACUUUGUUGGGUUUUCAGUUCCCUUUACGGCAAGGUUUCUUGAAUUAUGAGUUCUCUUCUUGAACCAGUCAUAAAUAAUGACACCCAACAGCACUGUGUGGAAAUAAUGAAACGCCUCGAUUAUUUUCGAAGAAACGAGCAUCUGUGUGAUGUGAUUCUUGAAGUUGGGUCGGAUGAUAAUCAAGUUCGGUUGAAAGCUCACAAAAACGUGUUAUGUGCCACCAGUCCGUUCUUUUAUAACGCCCUCAACACUGAGAUGAAAGAAAAGGAAGAGGGAGUCUUUCGAUUAAAAGAUACAAGCAAAGUUUCGAUGGAACAAGUUCUGGAGUAUUUGUACACAUACAGGACAUGUUGA